AUGGCUACAAACACAAGUUCUUCAAUCACCCCCAUGGGCAUAGCUACCAACUUCCCCAUCUAUCUCUUCCUCCUUCUCCUCACUAUAGGCUGCACCACCUCCACCCGUUUCCUCAACCAAGUGCCCCCACAAUUCACUUUUCCAGCUGUUUUACCCGCCACAUCACCCGAUGACAUGUCACUUUUGCCAAGUGGCCAGGUCCCAGCCCCCAUUGUCACCACCCCGAUUGCCGAAGAAGUCGUCGCACCCAGCAUCGCCCCUUCCGUGGCGAUCGGGACGACGACUCCAUCAUCCCCGGGAACAACUACCGGUGGUGCGUUAUCUUUCUUCAUGCACGACAUUCUAGGAGGGUCCCGUCCUUCCGGGAGGGUAGUAACCGGAAUUGUAGCGAAUUCCAACGUGAACAAUCUCCCUUUCUCGAAAACCAACAACCAAGUUUUCCCAAUAAACGGAGGAAUCCCAUUAAACACCUUAACCGGAGUCAUCAACAACAACAACAUGCCAUUCCUGGUCGGCCUCAACGGUCAACAGAAUGUCGCCGGAGCCAAUUCCGUUAUCCAAAACACCGGCAACAACAACGUGGCAUCCGUCGGCAACGGAAACCUGCCUUUUGUUUCCGCCGGUCAGCUCCCAGCCGGACUUACCCUUCAACAGGUAAUGUUUGGAUCGAUAACCGUCGUUGAUAACGAAUUGACAGAAGGACAUGAACUGGAUUCAGCUGUGUUGGGUAAAGCUCAGGGAUUUUACUUAGCAAGUUCAUUGGAUGGAACUGGUCAUACUCUGGUUUUGACAGCUUUGUUUCAUUCCGGCGAGCAUCAUGAAAUAGAAGAUACGAUUAGUUUUUUUGGGAUACAUAGAACAGGGUCACCGGAAUCGCAGAUUGCGGUGAUCGGAGGGACGGGGAAGUAUGAACAUGCAAAAGGGUAUGCGACAAUUACAACACUUCAUCAACAGGAUCAACAUACUACAGAUGGGGUGGAAACGAUUACAGAGUUUACUGUUUAUCUUACUUAUGUCAUUUGA